AUGUUGAAACAAAUUAUAUUAGUUUUCCUAUAAAUUAUGUUAAAAUAUAUUUUAUACAUACUCAUGGCAAAUACUUAAAAAUAAUUAUUAAUAAAUAAAUAAUAAUAUUAAUAUAUUAUUAAUGCAUUUCUCCAUUAUAAAUUUCAUAUCAUCAUCAUUUUUAGGAAUAUUCUUAAAUUUAUAAAACUUCUUUACAAAUUUGCUAAAAUUAAAUAAUAAAAAAAUGAAAUAUUUAAAGUGAUAUUAAUCAUUAAAAAAAAAUUAAUUUUAACAAAUUAUAUACAAUCCUUUUUUAUAAAUUAUUCUAAUAGGAUAUAUCAGUCAAAUCAGAGGAGUUUAUAUUCCUUUACUUAAUUUCAGCUAGCUCAUUUAAAUACUAGAAUAUUAUUUUCAAUUAGUAAGAAACAAAGAUAGGAUCCUACUAAACAAUACUAUGUUUGGAAUUUAUGA